CUUGAGGCUGGUGGCUCGCUACUGUAGUCCCAGUCCCAGUCCCAGUCUGAUGUGGCGGCCUUGUCUUGUCAAAGAACCAGUUCAACUUCUCUGUGCAGCCCUUCUUGAACUCGUCCGGAAGCGCACCUACAUCGACAUCGACACCCCAGGCCCCAACCUCUGAAAUCCAACCCAGUAUCUCGCCGACUCCUGCCAGCUGAUCGCUAAUCGCCAAUCCGUCGCCAUGCCCCAGAAUGAGUACAUGGAGAGAUGGCGCAAGCUGCAUGGCCGCAGACUUGACCAUGAAGAAAGGGCACGCAAGAAGGAAGCCCGUUCUGGGCAUCAGGCUUCCAAGGACGCCCAGGAGCUACGGGGUCUGCGAGCCAAGCUGCACCAGGAGGCACGCAGGAAGGAGAAGAUCCAGAUGAAGAAGCAGAUCAAGGCGCACGAGGAACGCAAUGUCAAGUCCACGUCCGAGAAAGAUCCCGACACUGCUCUGCCCACCUACCUGCUCGAUCGCUCCAACCCUACGAGUGCGAAGGCGCUCAGCUCUGCCAUCAAAAACAGAAGAGCGGACAAAUCAGCCAGAUUCGCUGUUCCUCUACCGAAAGUCAAGGGAAUCUCCGAGGAAGAGAUGUUCAAAGUUAUUGGCACUGGAAAGAAGACACAGAAGAAGAGCUGGAAACGCAUGGUCACCAAACCUACAUUCGUUGGACCUGACUUCACGAGACGCCCGGUGAAAUAUGAAAGAUUCAUUCGUCCCAUGGGUCUGAGAUACAAGAAGGCGAAUGUUACACACCCUGAAUUGGGAGUAACGGUCCAACUCCCCAUCAUCAGCGUCAAGAAGAACCCACAAAACCCCCUCUACACACAGUUGGGAGUCUUGACCAAGGGAACCGUCAUCGAGGUCAACGUUUCCGAGCUCGGUCUCGUCACUGCCAGUGGCAAGGUGGCCUGGGGUCGUUACGCACAGGUCACGAACAACCCGGAGAACGAUGGAUGUCUGAACGCAGUUUUGCUGGUCUAAGUUUCGGGCAUUCCAGCAACCACACAGUACAAAUGCCGAGGAAUUUGACAGUGGAAAGUGUGCAUUGCAGGGUGUUCUGGCGUUUCAUGAAGGGUUUGUCCUGGCUAGGACAUCUUAAAGGCGAAAAUCAUGGCAUAUACGCCGCAGUUAGAUAGUGUUGCUGUUGCAGAGACAUGAGAGCCUCCGUGCUGUUUUGCACCACCAGCCGUAUUCGUCAAUGAGUCUACGUCAUGACUCGAGUAUGUAUUCUAUUGACAUCGUUCCAAAAACAAACCCAUCAGGUAUGACUACCUGAGGCACCCUCUCGUUCGCACAUGUUUCGCUUCGCAAAAAGAAAGUUCAGAAACGUUAUUGCAAGAGAUCAUUCCACACUGGACUUUAUUUUUUAUUUUUUAUUUUUUUUGACAUUUUAGGCGCCGUGGCCGAAUCAUUGAUAUGAACAACAUUGACA